AUGAGUACUAAGCUUUUGAAUCUUGCUGCCCCUCAUUUUGCCGAAAGCUCGUGGGAGAGGCUAUACACUCUAGUCACCCUGCUGCUCAUGCUGGUCUCGACUGCGGUGAGUCUGACCUUCGGCCUACUCACGGUCGUCGGAAUUAGCAACUCGUUCAUCCAGAGGGUGCGGCAGUUCCUGUGGAAGAGGUUUACGACCGAGCGCGAGGACCGUGUGGUAAGCAUCAUUCACGCGCACUUGAUGCACCACGAUGCACACUUUUUCGACGGAACCGACAAGUCCGACUCAUGGAAAUGCCGCCGUCCAGCUCAUCGGCGCCGGCUUCGCCGUCUCAUGGCCUUCCCGCGCAUUAUGACGUACGGAGAUGAGAGCCUGCACCGCCCCGCGGGCGACAUUGAUGUCAACAAUGUGUCCUUCAGCUACGUUGGCGAGAAGGGCCCGAAACGCGUCUUCCGUAGACUCAGUCUGAAGAUCACCGGUGGCCAAGGCCACAGCCAUCAACGUUCCGUCUGGGUCUGGGAAAUCAACCCUCUUCCAGCUCGUCCGGCGCAUCCCACAUCCCCGAGAAUGCCGCAACACAUGUCCUUGAUGAUGCAGUUCCCGAAUGUCUUCCGCGAUGCCAUGAAGGAGAACAUCAGAUAUGGCCUGUCAGACGCCACCGACGACGAAGUAGAGUCGGCUGCCAAAGAAGCGGGCGUCCACGAGGUCAUCAUGGGUUUGAAGCCCGACUUCUACGACACCGUGCACGGCACAAAGAGGGGUGCUUAG